AUUGAAAUUGGUAGAAUGAUUACUCAGACUAUAGCUUGCAUUUCGCCUUUUCCUAUUGCUUGUAGGAGACUCGUACUAUUAUGCUUUGGCUUUGAGAAAUGAGAAUAGUUCAUCACUCUAUAACUUGCACCAGAAAAAGAAAAUUGAAAAAUUGAAAAUGAUGAUGAAAACAAAGGAAAAGACAACUGCUGAUGUGUCACUCUUGCAUGUUUUGCUGGUCUACACCUGCUAGUAUAAUACACACUGAUCUUAUCCUGGAGACUCAAAGCUAUGGCUUCACUGGCCUCCCAAAUUUGCAGCCACAUAGCUUCCAUCUUCUCAAAACCCACCCACCCUCACCCUCCUGUCUUAGAUGUCUUGGUCGCAGAGCAGUCCUCCGCCGCCGCGCAAAAUGGCAAAGUUUUCCUCUACGGCGUGGGAAGAGAAGGCCUAAUGCUCAAGGCACUCUGCAUGCGUCUAGCGCACCUCGGCUUCACAGCACACUUGGUAUUCGACAUGACAACUCCUCCCAUAACCACCAACGACCUCCUCAUCGCCUCCGCCGGACCAGGUGGCUUCUCCACCGUCGAUGCCAUAUGCUCGGUUGCACGGUCACAAGGUGGUCGAGUCUUGCUGCUGACGGGUCAGCCGGAGACGGGGUCGUGUGUGGCGCAUGCUAGCGUGGUGGGGUAUGUUCCGGCGCAGACUAUGGCGGAUGACGGUGGGGACGCGGCGGAGUCUAGACCGUUGCUACCGAUGGGGAGUGUGUAUGAGGGUGCUUUGUUUGUAUUGUUUGAGAUGGUGGUUUAUAGGUUGGGUGAGAUUUUAGGACAGAGCCCUGAGGCCAUCAGAGCGCGCCACACCAAUCUUGAAUGAGGCCACCUCCAUCGACGGCGCCGGCCAAGAGAGACGAUAAAGCUGGCCUGGGAAUGUUGUAGCCCUCAAUGUACUCUUGUAAAUGAAGGGUUGAUAAUAAACAACUUUGUAUGGCAU